GCUGUGUUUCGACGAGCACAUUUUCCGACGGACUUAGGAGCGGUCGCUGCGCUGAAACACUAAAGGAAAUAAAUUGUCUACAAAAUAGCAGAAAUGCCCAAAAAGAAAACUGGAGCCAGAAAAAAAGCGGAGAGCCGCAAAGAGCGAGAGAAACUGAGCCGAGCUAAUCGGGAGCUGGUGGACGUGGCCAAGCAUCCCUGUAACUUCAACAUGGAUUGUGACAAAUGUCAGAGAAAACAGAAGAACAGAGCAUUCUGCUACUUUUGUAACUCGGUGCAGAAGCUGCCUAUCUGUGCUCAGUGUGGUAAAACCAAGUGCAUGAAGUCUUCAGACUGUGUCAUCAAGCAUCCAGGGAUUCACACCACUGGACUGGCCAUGGUGGGGGCAGUGUGCGACUUCUGUGAAGCCUGGGUUUGCCACGGUAGGAAAUGUCUGAGCACUCACGCUUGUGCGUGUCCCCUGACGGACGCCGACUGCAUCGAGUGUGAGCGAGGCGUCUGGGAUCAUGGAGGUCGGAUUUUCCGGUGUUCCUUUUGUCAGAACUUCCUUUGUGAGGAUGAUCAGUUUGAGCACCAGGCGAGUUGCCAGAUCCUUCAGGCAGAAACCUUCAAAUGCAUUUCCUGUAAUAGACUGGGACAACACUCGUGUCUGCGCUGCAAGGUUUGUUACUGUGACGACCACGCCAAGAGUAAGGUCUUCAAACAGGAGAAGGGCAAAGCUCGGCCUUGUCCAAAGUGUGGACACGAGACACAGGAGACCAAAGACCUCAGCAUGUCCACUCGCACCCUGAAGUUCGGCCGCCAGGCGGGUGGAGACGUCUACGACGACGACGACGACUAUGGAGCGUCUGGGUACGACGCCUACUGGAAGAAUAUGGCCGCCGAGGGGGGAGGAGCCCAACAAGACAACUAUGGGGAUGAUGACUAUGAGGAAGAUGACGAUGAUGCUGAUGACGAUGAUGCUGAUGACGAUGAUGAAGAGGAGGAGGAGGAAGAAGAAGAAACGCCCUCCAAGUCCCUGGCUGAGCUGAGUUUGGCCUGAAGUGUCUAAAGGAAGGUGAAACCUGCUGCUGUAGGUGGAGUCCACGGUUCUGCUGAUCCCAGCGCUCGACACAAGACUCGCAGAACGUGCACCGCACGUUCAGACUGUUGAACCAGCGACAUCAGACGAUUAUUACACUUUAAAUUAACCGGAGCAGGAGUUAAAUUAACCGGAGCAGGAGUUAAAUUAACCGGAGCAGGAGUUAGGUCCGAGUUCUUAGUGAUCGAAUAAACAAAGGAAACAAGUUGUGA